AUGCCGCCUUAUCAGGUCUUCUUGUUCAAGUUUUACCACCAGGGUUCUGGAAGGAGGGACGAGUGGUUGUUGCUGGAGUCAGAGCGAAGGCAUGCACGAUCACCACUCCACGGCCGCAUCUUCUUUUUUCGCCGCACCCGUACAAAUCGCAGAGCAUGGGGAUCGCAAGGAUUGUGGUCAAUGACAACAUCAGGCCAGAUUCUGCUCACGGACUUCGCCUGUGCGUCAGACGCAGGUAUCCGACGAUGGGACCUCUGCUUCAGACCAGCGGGCUGCAUUCAGCAAGAGCUUCCAGACAUGCUCGGGGGGACGCGCACGUACUACUACCCUGUCUACACCGAUGUCGGACACAUUCGGGUAUUGUUCUUCAUCGGCACCUACAUGAUCGUUCUGCCGCCACCUGCGCUCCAGAACCGGUUGGCUGUGGACGAGGAGGAGGAGGACAUGGACCCGGAGGAAUGGCACUUCCUGUGA